GCAGGUAUAAAUUAAACCCGGAAGCUGUUGAGGGCGUAAUAAAAACAAAAACAGCACAUGCCGUAUGUUAGCCAGCUGAACUUUGAUAGCUUUCAAACUAAAUUACAUUCCCGAAUUCGGAAACAACGCUCGGUACUGUAAUAAUGUCGGUUUUGCUAUCUAUUCUGGCAGUAGGGAUUGCGUUGUAUUUGAUACUUUAUUACAAUGUGAUCAGAGGAUCAAGAUGCACGAGCUCUGUGACACUUAAAGGAAAGACUGCUAUUGUAACAGGGAGUAACACUGGUAUUGGAAAGGCUACUGCUUUGGAUUUGGCCAAGAGAGGUGCAAGGGUCAUCCUUGCCUGCCGCUGCAAACAGAAAGCUGAGGCUGCUGUCUAUGAUAUCAGAAGGGAGAGUGGGAGCAAUGAGGUGGUGUUCAUGCAUCUGGAUCUGGGCAGUCUGAAGUCUGUUCGCUCCUUUGCUGAAACCUUCCUGAAGACUGAACUCAGACUGGACCUGCUCAUCAACAAUGCAGGAAUGCUGGGGCCUGGCUACACUGAGGAUGGGUUCGGCAUGGUGUUUGGGGUAAACCACUUAGGCCACUUCCUGUUGACCUGCUUGCUGCUGGACCGGCUGAAGGAGUGUGGCCCUAGUCGUGUUGUCAACGUGUCGGCUCUCCUACACCGACUAGGCUCUGUCGACUUUGCCCUCCUGGGUACCCACAAGGACCUGGUGUCAGGCCAGUCCACCUGGCAUAACUUCAGGGCCUACUGCCACAGCAAGCUGUGCAACGUGCUCUUCACCCGGGAGCUGGCCAACCGCCUGGAGGGGACCAGCGUUACCACCUACAGCCUCCACCCAGGGGUCAUUCACACUGAGUUCGGUCGCAACCUGAAACUAUGGCAGAGGCUCUUUCUGGAGCCCAUCUCUAAGCUUUUCUUCAUGGAUGCUGAGAGGGGAGCCCAGACCACCCUACACUGUGCCCUCCAAGAGGGGAUCGAGCCGCUGAGUGGACGCUACUUCUCUUCAUGUGCUCUACAGGAAGUAGGCGCCAAGGGGCGGGACGAUGCUUUGGCUAGGAAGCUGUGGGAGGUGAGUGAGAGGCUAUCCAACCUAUCCUGAGAGACUCGGAUUCUAGCCAUGGCAAAGAUUUUGGAAUAUACUGACAAGAUAUUGAACUCUCCACUCUAACAAUGGUAAAUAAUGUCCGUGAAGGACUCUCUCUCUCUCUCUCUCUCUGACUAAUGCCUUGUUAUCACCAAUGAUGCCUUGUAACUUAUGAUUUUGCUUUGUAUAUUGGAAUUCAUUUCAUUCACAAUGUUAUUAAAUACUUACGUUCUGUUUCUAAUGACCAUUUCUUGAUCUUAGUCAGCAAUGUCAGUUAAUAGACUUUGUUAAUAAACAAAUGAUUCCAGAUGA